ACUCUUUGGUUUUGAAGCGGGAUUUUUAUCAAGUUAAAAUAAUUUGGUUGGUAAAUUGGGUAAAUUGUUGCAAGAAAUAUCAAAUUCUAAAUUAACUUUUACCUGAAGGUCAAUUUUAAUGAUGGUAGAUGCAGAGAUAAGUGAUUUGAGAAAGCAAUGUGUCGCGAGUUUGUACUCUUGUGCAGAAAAUGUUGGAUUGUUUUUGGAUGGACAAGAAAUGGAGACAGAGUUUCUUAAGCUGAAGUCUUGUAUAGAUGAAUAUUGCAUGAUGGAAGCUCGCCAAGACGUCGCCAAUCAAGCUUUAGAAAAAGCCAAGAAUGAGACUGAGUCCUCGAACAUUGAGUCGUUGCAGAAUAGGUUUGAGUUACAUUUGACCAGCCUGACUCAAAGACAUGCGGACAACAACCUACAUCCUUACAUGGUAGAACUGAAUAAAAAAAUUGAAAUGGGUUGUCAGAGAGCUACUCAAAAUUUGGAUGAUUCUGACUUAGCUAUAACAGAAACACAAGAUAGAUAUAUUGACCCGAUCACAAAACGGCCAGUAACAGAUCCCGUCCAGAACAGUGUGUGUGGCCAUGUUUACGAUAAGGAGUCCAUCAUGAAAUUAAUCAAUACAAGAAAGAAAGUAAUCUGCCCAGUGGCGGGGUGCGCCAGUAGGCAGGCGGUGUGCGCGGACCAGCUGGUGCCAGCUCGGCCUGCGCACGCGCCGCUACACCACUCCACCCCGCUGGCCCGCAGCCAUGGCGGGGUGCGGCAGUAG